AUGACUGAUCGUAAAGCUGUUAUUAAAAAUGCUGAUAUGUCAGAAGACAUGCAACAAGAUGCAGUUGAUAUUGCAACCCAAGCACUUGAAAAAUACAAUAUCGAAAAAGAUAUUGCCGCUUAUAUUAAAAAGGAAUUCGAUAAAAAAUAUAAUCCAACAUGGCAUUGUAUUGUCGGACGUAAUUUUGGUUCAUAUGUAACUCAUGAAACCAAACAUUUCAUUUACUUUUAUUUGGGCCAAGUUGCUAUAUUACUCUUCAAAUCAGGUUAA